GCUUUAACUGAAUUUAAAUCGUCCUCGCGUUGGUAUUUUGAAAAUGUUUGUACAUCGUUGAAUUAAUUAAAAGUGUUUAGUGCAAUGAUUUUGUACGUUGGACGUUUUAGUACAUUGUUAGGGACUACUUUAGCAGGCUGCCUCCUAAGCACCACAGUGGGCAACCUAAACAGCUGGACCUCCCCCGUUCUACCGAAGCUCGAAAACCUCACCAGCGACAACCCCUUCGACCACACCAUCACCUCAUCGCAGGCAUCAUGGCUCUCCUCCCUGCUCACGCUGGGCGCCAUCCUGGGCUGCUGGUUCUUCGGCGCUCUAUCAGACAUAGCCGGAAAACGACCGGUAUUCAUCUCCUUGGGUCUACCCCUCCUGCUGGGCUACAUCCUGAUGGCUUCCGUCGGAAAAAUCGAGGCCUUUUACGUGGCCAGAUUCGCGCAAGGCACCGCCAUGGGCGGCCUCUUCGCCCUCAUGAAUUACUUAGGAGAAGUGUCCAGCAAAGAGAACAGAGGCGUGGUGAUGACUCUAACCGGGAUGAUGGUGAGCGCUGGAGCUCUGUUUAGUUAUGUAGUGGGACCGUUUGUGUCGGUGAAUGAAUUUAAUGCGAUUAUGGCGGUGGUUCCGGCCGUUUUCUUGGUGGUUUCUUACGCGUUUUGCGCGGAAUCUCCCUAUUUUUACCUGAUGAAAAACGAAGUGGAACUGGCCAAGAAGUCUCUACGAGCUUUCAGAGGCGAUGGUUGCGAUAUAGACGGCGAAAUCGACGAUAUGAAGGUACAAAUAAAAGCGCAAAACGAAGGCAGUAUCAUAGACAUCGUUAAAACUAGAGGAUUUUUGAAAGCUUUCACUAUAUCUAUAGUAUUGGUGACCAGCCAACAGUUUACUGGAAUCAACGCGAUCCUCAUGUACAGCCAGCCGAUUUUGGACCUCACCAAUUCCGGUCUAUCGCCCGAAAUCGGUUCGAUGAUAAUCGGCGCUAUUCAGCUACUCAGCGGCGGAAUAACGCCCUUAAUAAUCGGGAAAUUCGGCAGGAAAUCCAUCAUGCUCGCCUCCGGUUUGGGAAUGAUCCUAUCCGAAUCGAUCCUGGGCAUCUAUUGCAUCUUCCAACGAUCAGGCGCCGAUGUAGAUUCGAUCAACUUCCUGCCUCUUCUAACACUCGCUAUGUUCAUGCUGAGUUAUAAUUUCGGUUUCGGUCCGCUUUGUUGGAUGAUCCCCAGCGAGAUUCUUCCCACGCGGGUUAAAAUCCUCGCCACUUCUUUCAUCGUUUCGGUUUAUUUCGUCGUCGGUUUCUUCAUCGCGCAAUUCUUCAAUCCGAUCGUCGAUGCCGUCGGAAUCGGCGCUGUUUUUGUAUUUUUCGCCGUUUGUUGUGCUGUUACUUGCGUUUUUAUCAAGUUUUAUGUGAUCGAGACCGUGGGCAAGUCGCUGGAGGAGAUCCAGAAUUAUUUGAACGGCGCGAAGGGUUUCUAAUGUGCCGGUUUUAGCGUGUUUCGAACAAACUGUGAUAGGUAUUUGGGUUAGGGGUUGAGCAAUAAAUUUAUCUUGAGUU